UUCUGCUAUUCAGCAGUAAGACAUCUCCAAUUUGCUUUCCAUUCUCAUUCGGUGGAUCCAGGAAGCUGUCACCUGAGCUGCAUUGGUCCCUGAGACCGCAUCAACGGAGCGAUGCUGCGACUACUGUUAGCCGUUACGGUCUUCAAUGCAGUUUCAUCUGCUGAACUUAGUGUGUUGAAGUCACCCCAGAAUCAAAUAUUCAGAGAGGGGAGCUGGCCCAUACCGGGUGAACGCAUCCCUGAUGUUAUUUCUCUAACAAUGGGAUUUUCUGUGGAAGAGGAGCUGGCCUGGCCUGGCUUAGGAGCAGGCAACCUUUUUCAGCGUCCACGCGCAACUGUUGUAGUUACAGUAACAGGGGUGGAUAAGCUGCCUUUAUCUAACAACGGACUUUCAUAUCCUGUGCAAAAUCCUGUGCCCUACAGUGUGGACAGUGUUGUGAAUUCCAUUCAUUCUUUAUUCUCUGAGGAAAUGCCAGUCGUUUUACAGCUAGCCCCCAUUGAGGAAAGAGUAUAUAUGGUGGGAAAGGCCAACACUGUAUUUGAAGAUCUUUCAGUUACAUUGAGACAGCUGCGCACUCGCUUGGAACAGGAUAACUCUGUUCUUAAAUCCCUACCACUCAGUUCCUUGUACAGAAAUGAUGAGACUGACCGACUUUUCUUUUCUGAAUUGCAAGUACUUCAAGAUAUUCCUGCUUUGCUGUCUCGACACAAGCAUCUGGCUAAGGACAACUCUCCAGACAUUUAUUCACUUGAACUCACUGGCUUGGAAGAAAUCAAAAAACGUUAUGGGGAAGAUUCUGUAAAGUUCAAAGAUGCAUCACACAUUCUUUCUGACUUUCUGCAGAAGUUUGCAGAUGACAUGUACAGUAUUUAUGGUGGCAAUUCAAUCGUAGAAGUUGUGACUGUGGAAACUUUUGAAACACCCUUAGUGCGAAAAAGCCGUUCAAUCCUGGAGUCUCCUGCUAUUAGCAACCCUGGGAGUCCUUACAAUUUAGCCUAUGAGUACAACUUUAACUACUCUGUGGUGUUCAACAUUAUCCUGUGGAUUAUGAUUGGAUUAGCUCUAGCUGUGAUCGUUAUAUCCUACAACCUAUGGAAUAUGGACCCUGGAUAUGACAGCAUUAUUUACAGGAUGACAAACCAGAAGAUCAGACUGGACUAAGGCCAAUGUAACUUCAGCGUUUAUAACUUUAAAAUUUAAGUGAGACAGCCAGUGUGUCUGACAAGUGUGCUGUUACCAGGUUUUUUUUGUUUUUUUUUGUAGUAAAAUUUAAAUCUGCAAUGUCAUUGUUCAAAAAUGAUUUCCCCACUCUAAAGUUUCACUGCAGUUUUCCAUUAAAAAGAAUAUUCUUAUUUCUGUCUUUCAAGCAUUUACAGUAAAGCAAAAUCACAAUACAA